GAAUAAUACAAGCCAACAAAGAAGAAGAGAACGCGCUCAAAACGGGAAAGCAUCGCACGCCAAGUCAUUACGCAGUUUUUUUAAAAUUUAUGAAGGAGCGUCCGGACAUUGCCCGCAAUUUAACCAAAGGGGACAAGGUAUGGAAAGACUGGAGGCUGGUCAUCAAAAGAAAAAUUGCUCAUAGCAGGCGGGAGACCAGAGCCACAGGAGGUGGGCCUUUUAAGCAGAUGGCACUCACUCCCACUGAGGAGGAGAUAGCCCUUCUCUGCAAUAUGUUCGAGGCGGUGGAUGGCGUGGCUGGUGCCAGAACAUAUGGCAUCAUGCAGUGCGCUGAUGAGAAGGAGAACGAAGAAGAACCAUCCCCAAAAAGACCACGGAUGGAUGGUGCAAGCUGCAGCAAAGAAAAAGCGACAACUGACCACAGGCUGGCUGCAAUGGUGGCAGAUGAGACUCUGGUCUUAAAAGAGAUAAAGGAGGAGCUGGUGGAGCUCAAGAAAAACGCGCAGGAGAUGUUGCUGGAGCGCAAAACGACAAACUUAAUAUUAGAUAAAUUAGUUUUAGCCAUAGAGACGAAAUUUAAGUAA